AUGAAAAGACAAAGAAAUUUAUAUUCAAUAGAAGAAAAGCGCCAGGCCAUAGAGUUGGCUCGUUGUACUUCAAAUAUAUAUGCUGCCAACUACUAUUCUUUAGAUUUAACGAUGCUUGGCCGAUGGGUCAAACUAUUUUCACAAGGCACCCCUUCCAAAAAAAACUUACGAAGGGUUGGUUCUGGGCGUCAUGCGUUUUUUCCUGAAGAAGAAGCUCAACUUUAUAAAUGGAUGAAGGAAGUUCGACAAAACGGUCUUGCUGUCACAUAUUCUAAUCUGAGGAUAAAAAUGGCUAAAAUAAUGAGUAAAAGUUCUAAACAAACAAAAGAUGAAACCAAAAAGUUUGCAAUUAGCAACUUUAAGUUCUCGCCAUGA